GUUUGUUUUGGUUAAAAAUCGUCGUAAAAAGAGGGAAUUUUUGUACUUUUUUCAACUAGUUCCUGAUAAAGAUAACGGCGAUAAGAACAAAUUCAAGUUAUUUACAUCUCCCGCAGUCUGACCAGUAAGAAAGAUUCUUCCUUUUCCGUGUUUUUUAUCCAAAAAGGAUCUUUUACAAGCUCCGGAAAUCAAUCAGGCAACUCACAAUUACCGCGAGAGAGUAUAGAAAUCCCCUGACGAGAUUCGGGAAUCCAUCGCAAACCUCUCUGAAAUCACCACAGCACGAUCUCCUGCAAAUAAGAUUGUGAAAAGACAAAAGCUUAUCCAGUCCGUAAUCAUGGAAGAACAAGUGGAUUUUGUUCUGGAUAAAGUCAUGGAGGAGGCCGGAAACGUUGGUUGCGUAUUGGCAAACAAUCAAGGACUUUGUCUUGGCACGAGAGGAGUCGGAUCAGAACAUUCCGCUGGGAUUAUUGUGGCAAUUUUGGAUUUGGCCUCGAAGCUGGACCCCAAAUGUAAUGUUCCAGUUGUUUCGUUGGAGUCGAAUGAAAGGAUCUGUUUAAUUCACAAGCAGGGCGUAACGGGUGCAAUCAUUAAGCAGAAAUAAGUUUAACUUCAGCAACUUCCUCUCAUCAGUUUACUAGUUCUAACAUAUAAAAAACCAGCAAUUUCCCAAAUCAAUGAUCAAAUAAAGAUUUUUACGUUACAUUU